AUGCCUAGUGUUUUCAACAGAAGGGAAAACACGAGGAUAAUCACCGACAAGGCAUCCGACGACUUUUGUUCCGUUCAUCCCUUCUUUGUUUUGCAACUCGCCGUUCUGUUUAUUAUUGUCGGACACUACGAAACCAUUAUCGGAGAAGAAUGUCCCAAGCUCCGUGAAUUCAUUAAUUUGAUCACCUCUCCAAUCCACCUUGCACCUCUUUCUCAACUCACUCAAAUUUGUGUUCAGGAUGGAAAACACGCUGAGAAAAUUUUAGCAGUCAUUUUACUCUCCUCCACCCCUCAUACCUAUUCACGUACCCCCUCUGCAGCUGCUCGACGAAGCGCACCAGGCUCUUGGGGAAAGCGUCGAGCACGGGUACGCGGGAUUGGCGAAGUUUGUGGAGUGGAGUGCUUGGACGGAUGUCUUGAGUUCCGCGAGCAUUCCGGGGACCUGGUGGGUGAAGUGUUUUUGCUCGGACAGGUGGGAGAGGAGGGUGGUCAGAGCGGAGUGGAUGGACUGGAGUUGGGGGGAGUAUUGGGAGUUGGGGAGAUGUUUGGGGAGGUCGAAAAGAGUGAAAUUGAAAAUAGGCUCCAAAUAGGCUCUAAAAAUGGAUGCGCGAUUUUCAAAUUUAUGUUUCGUUGCCAUGUCUUGCAGCCUCUCAUGAUUUUCUUUCAGAGUCUUGAGGAGGCCUUUGAGGCCGGUGUUCAAAUCGUCGUCGAUUAUCGUUUUCACUUUGGGAAUUUUGGUGUCAACCAACGAUAUCAAGGCAGUCAGGUGGGAUUUGUGUCCUUCGGCAAAAAGCUUCUGGACUUCAUCAGUCACCCUUUUGAAGGCGUAUUCGGUGGUUUCGAGAAGCGUUUUGUUGAGUUGUUGUACGGUGAGCUUGAUAUCCUCUUCAGCCUUAACCGCAGCGCUAUAGACAGAAUCAAUGGUCUUGGUCAACGCAUCGUCUGCAGAAGUGAGAUUUAA